AUGAGCACUACAGCUUCAACCAAAGUGGACGCCACUACCAAGAAAUCAAAGGCCCCAGUAUCUUCUGGGGUCGAAAACUUAGGUCCUGCAUUUGACCCCUUCGCCCCAGUUGAUGAUACUCCCUCUGUCGAGAAGACUGUAGGAAGCAAGAACGAUAAGAUUCAUAUUCGAUUACAACAACGUAACGGACGAAAAACACUUACGACCGUCCAAGGUAUUCCCAAGAAAUUUGAUCACUCCAAGAUCCUCAAGGCUAUGAAAAAGGAAUUCGCCUGUAAUGGAACGGUAGUCAAACCUGAAGAGACAGGAGAGGACGAUUCGCCCGCUCCUGUUGGAGUUAAACCCAACUUGGGUGAUGUCCUUCAAUUACAAGGUGAUCAACGUGUUGCCGUUAGACAAUUCUUGGUUGAUGCUGGGAUCGUCACUUCCAAGGAAGCUAAGGAUUCGAUCGUUGUGUGA